GACGUGGUUUGGUUUCACAAGUGCUUCUGGCCCGUCGCAUCUCUUGCUCGUCGGGACGCAUAGACCGAUUUGUUGGACUUUGACAUCGAUUUGACAUGGCGCUACAUUCUAAACUCGUCGCAAUCGGAAUCUAUAACCGGCCUACUGCCUUCGUCCUUUGACCUCCAUACCUAGGAGGGUGGUGUACAUCUACUAUAUCAGCCUGACCCUUUGGUCGAGGUUACGGAACCCCGAACAUGUGGGAUUCUCUCUCCAAACCGCCCGAGGGCCUCAUUGGAGGUUACCAGGGUGGUAGCAUGGCCAUCAAGAUUUUGAUGGCAGUCUUCUGUGCAAUUGCUCUGUAUAAUGCUGUCGAACUCGUCAUCCUCAUCUUCCUCACCUUCACUCGCUACAGCGGUCUCUAUUUCUGGGCCAUGUUGCUCUCCGCCGUGCUUGGCGUCAUCCCCCAAGCAAUCGGCUUUUUGCUGGAAUUCUUCGCCAUCGGGCCUCUCUGGUUUGCAGUCACCUUCUCUACAUUAGGCUUUUACUUCAUGGUCCCAGGCCAGUCCAUUGUCCUCUACUCUCGACUCCAUUUGGUCGUACAGAGCCAAACGCUGCUGCGGCGGGUGCUGUACCUUAUCAUCUUCGAUACGAUCGUCCUAUUGAUUCCUACCACCGUUCUCACUUAUUGUACGAUUUAUGUCGGCACCACGCCCGUUAUUCGAGGGUUCAAUGUGAUGGAGCGCAUGCAGCUUGCUUGGUUUUGCGCACAGGAAAUUCUCAUCUCGAUCAUCUACAUCGCCGAGACUCUGAAGCUGCUACGUUUGCGGCCCGAAAAGGACGCUGAACGGCAUAAGACCAUGUAUGAGCUGAUAGCCAUCAACCUGGUGAUUAUUCUCUUGGAUGUCGCGCUCCUGGUUCUAGAGUAUGUGGGACUAUACACACUCCAGACCACCUUGAAGGCUGCAGUGUACAGUGUGAAGCUGAAGCUGGAAUUUGGCGUCCUGAGGAAACUGGUUUCGCUGGUCAAUACCCGCCCGGCGGAGUCGAGCUCCUCGGAUCAGGAGACCUACCCAACAUUUGUUGAUCCCAACCAAAUCACGGGAGAUGUGACACGUGCUGCCCCCGCCUACAGUCGACGGCAGUCGCGGUACCCAUGGACGGCCAUCUCUAUGGACAGUCUGGUCCUAUCCGAUCGCCGAAGUCAGCAUGUCACCUCGUCGGAAAUAGAGCGGCCUUCCUAACAUUCGAAUUGUCUCUGUGCUGCAAAUCUCUGCU